CGCAAAUGUUCAGGGCUCACAGAGACUUUUUCAUUGUUUUUAUAAAUUAUUUCAAUAAAAUAGCGUCCACAACAAAAUUUGUUUGCGUGCCAACAUAAAUAUUUUCCAAAGAAAUUUAAAGUUUUUUCGUCAUUUUAACUAUUUUUACAUCUUAAAUUAAUAACUAAGUUUAAGUGUGUUAAAAAAAAAUUUAAUUUUCAACGGAAAAAAAAAGAAAAUCAUAUGGAAAAAUUAGUACUUAAUUAAAAUUGUUUAUUUAUAGCUACGAAUUAGUAUCUGUCAGAUACACACAUACUAACACUGUGUUAGAAAAACUAUAUUUUGCACUAUUUCGUCACCGAUAUUGGCGCUUUUCUGUGUACAAAAAUAUACAAUUGUUUUGAAUGUGUUUACUUGUUUCGACGUCAUCGUCCCGGUCCCAGCCAUUCGGCAGAUAAAUGACUAUGCGUGAUAGGAAUAAUUAAAGUUUUGUUAGUUUACGCAUCAUCAUUGUUCCACAAAGUACCUACAUCACAGAUUUAUCGUUUUUUAUUGUGUGGGAUUGCAUAAUUUGAAAAACAAUCAUAAGAAAAACGAAGACGACGCGAACGGCCUUAAAAAAUGUCAAUGUCAGCUCUAGGGGUUAGCACUGGCUUCAUGGUCGGUUGCUGUGUUCUAGCACAAAUCGCACGCAAAGUAGCUGGUCGUCUUUUGAAAGAAGGACUUGUACCAGUCCUGGUUAAUGAAGCUAUUGCUGCAGCUGAACUAUGUGCCUGUUGUUUUGAAUUGAUCAUAAUUGCUGAUAAUUUUGGAGUUGCAGCCUAUGCAGUUUUUCUAUUCAUCCUUACCGUUUGGUGGGGUAAAGUUUGGGGUGAUGCUUCGGCAUGCCCCUACACUCAUAUGGAAGAUUUGCUAGAAGGGAAGAUUUCUUUGCGAGAAGUAGCACUGCGAACAUGGGCCGAAUUAAUGGGCGGAUGCUGUGUGUAUAGAAUUGUUCAGGUGUUUUGGUGGUUUGAAUUUGCCGAAACUCAUAAAGGGAGAGCUUUUGAGGAGUGUUCAGCUGAUUUGCAGGUACAUCCUUAUGUGGGUGCUGUGAUUGAAGGUAUUGCAACCCUCCUAUGUCGGUUAGCAUCAAAAUCUCUAACUGAAACUGGACCACGUUUUAGUAGUAUUAUUGAUUCAUUUAUUGGCACAAGUCUAGUCGUAGCGGCAUUCAACUUUUCUGGUGGUUAUUUCAAUCCUGUUUUGGCAACAGCUUUGAAAUGGGGAUGUAAUGGUCAUACGAAUUUGGAACAUAUAAUUGUUUAUUGGAUUGGAGCAUGCGUUGGAGCUGUACUUUCGGUACCACUAUUUCGAGUACCAAUUGUAAGACAGUACUUAAUUAGAGAAGAAAUUACUAAGAAAGAGAACUAAGAUAAUGUGGAAAACUUAAAAACUAUAACUUUGACAUGAUGCUCUCUUAUUCUAUUCUAUUAAAUGUUAAAUGUCUUUUUGUUUGUUUAUUUAUUUGCGUCCUAUGAGAAAAAUUUUUUUCAUUCAAAUUGGAAUUUUGUUUUAAAUGAUUUUAUAGAAUAUUUAUGUUUUAUUGUUUUAUGUUUUAAUAA